AUGAUAUGGAUAAGCAUCUGCCAGAACCCGCUUUUCUAUCGUUCUGAGUUGCCCUUUGACUCAACGGAUAUCAAGUACCUCACGGGGUCAACGCCACAUGUACUCUUUGUGAAAAUCGCCACUUUUAUCACCGCCUUCAUCACCUUCGAACGAUGUCUGUGUAUCGUUGUCCCUCUGAAGGUGAAGACAAUCAUCACACCGGGAAGGACAAAGACAAUCAUUAUCGCCAUCUAUCUUAUUGUAUCCAUUAUGGGCAUCCCCUUCUGCCUUGGCCACAGAUUUGAGUGGGUUUUCGAUUUCGCCAGGAAUGCAACUAUACUGAAAUCCACGUUUACGGCCGAGAGAGACCUGUUAGAAGCCAUUACGUUUCUCACCCAAGGCGUAUUUGCUACGACAUUUUCCUUCGUCUUCGUCAUCUGCUGCACCAUCGUUCUUAUCGUCAAACUCAAAAGUAAAACAAAAUGGCGACAGGCCACUGCAGCCAAGUCUGAUCGUGCAGCAGAAGGAGUUGGGGUCAAAGAUCAAAAGGUUGUGAAAAUGGUGACCUUCAUCGCUGUCAUUUUCAUCGUCUGCGCCGUACCUCCCACGCUCCUAUUUUUCUAUAUGGCGAUUGACCCAAGUUUCCGUUUUUAUGGCGUCCAUCGAAAUCUCUAUCUUGUCAUUUGGACAACAUCAUUUCUUACAGAAACUGUCAACUCCAGCGUGAAUAUUUUUGUGUAUCUGAAAAUGAGUUCGAAAUAUCGAGCUGUGUUUAUGAAAAUGUUUUGGAACAAGGAGGAAAAUAAAUAG